AUGCUCGAUGGCCUCAAGGAAGGACUGUUCCCUCGUCUCCGCUAUCUCGACUUCCACACUACAUGCCUUCACCCUGAUUGCUCAAUGCUCUUCAUCACUUCACGCCUCGCUCAUCUCCGCAUCACGUCCAUUGCGCUCCACUGGGACAAAGUCCAGCAACUCCUCCGCACGCUCGUUGACCUCGCGUCACCUCAGCUUCUCAGUCUCAACCUCUCCGCUCCCGAAGUGGGCCCGCCCGCACUGAUCCUUCUGUCGCAGCUAUACUCGUUACACGAAUUAUCGGUCCAUGAAGUUGUCGCAGGUGAUGGGACAAAUACCUUACUGGAAGCGCUCCGACGACUCUGGAACAUGCCCUCCAUCGUAAAACUUGUGCUAUACGUUCACUCUUCAGUAAUAACGUUGAGGUCUCCUGCCCGCGGGUUCCCGCCGCACGAAGCACUCCCUAUCGUCAGUGAGCAGCUGUACUGUGGAAACCUUUCCGCACUAUGCACUCUCCUUCAGCUUGCGCCCCCCGCGCGCGACCUGUGCAUCUCUCCGAAACCCUAUCCCACCCUUGAGGACUGGAAUCGUACAAUCGAGGCCGCAUUUCGGCGCCCCGCGCUACACGCCCUGCGCAUCGGCCAGGAAGCGGAGCAACUCCGGUCGUAUCCGGCGGCCAUCAUGCUCCAGAUGCCGCGAUUCGAAGAGCUCACAGUCCUGUGCAUCAGCGUCGGUCUCGACUGGACAGAUCACGUCGUGGACCACGUUGCCCGCUCGUGCCCGGCCGCCACCCACAUUGACCUCCUGGAGCGGUCAGGGAGCAACUUCAGAACCUUUCAGGCGCUGACGUGCCAAGCCAUCGUAUCCUUCGCGAUGCACUGCAAGCGCCUGCAAACGCUAAGCAUCGCGAUCCCCUCGGCGAGCGAGCCUUCAUCCUCCUCCGUGGCCGAUCUCCCACUUGAUUUGGAGCCAAACACGAGCCUCGUUGAGCUUGAUCUCUGUCAGCGCCUUUCCGGCCGCGAGACGCAUGGUCGACACAAACCGCUCGUCACGCUGCUCAAGACCUUAUUCCAGAACCUCGUAACAUUAAAAUAG